AUGAUCCUACGUGCCCAGCUUCAAAAGACUAAGGAGCUGCUGGCUCCUCCUCUCCCAGAGAACAAGCUGCCUUCCUGCACUGACUUCGUCCUUGUGGCCGCUGAUCUUUCUGGAACGCUACAGCGGUCAGACACGGCUCUCGAGCCAGCUAACAAGCGGCACAAUCAAUGCACAACAGCUAUUACGGGUGCCACAGUCUCCGCUUCACCCUCCCUGCUCUCCUGUCCACGGACGGAAUCUGGGGCUCCAAGUGUGGGGGGCUGCCCUGAUCCACAGCAGAUGGCAGGCCCUUCUCCCCACUCUGCCUCCAGGCCCCCAGUAAGACGGGACGCGGCGAGGCCAGGAGCUUGGGACGAGGCCCUGGGGAUGCUGUCUGGCACUGUCCUGCCCUGGAGACACCGAAACUGCACGGUCAGGGAUCACCAGGAGAGAAAUGUCUGGGCAGUUUGGAAGGCAGAUGUGACAUGGUGUGAAAUGGGCUCUGAUGGGCCAGGACUUGUGGAAGCUCCUGCCUGUCGCUGUCAAUUGUCCCAGGGCAGCAAGAGGACCAGCAGCUCCUCCAGCUCCAGAGAAUCCUGGGCCAGCUCGCAGCAGGCACCGUGCAGUGUAACAGAAGAGGCAAAAGCGCCAAAAGUGGCAUUUCGCUCGAGCCUGAGUGCUGAGGCCAUCCUGACAGAAGCCAAGUGUGAGCCUCCAGAGCUGGCUGACCUUUGCAGCCAGAAGGCCUGCCUGCUGACCCUCGGUUAUAUCAGCUCUCCCCAGGCUGCCUCUGGAGAGCAGCUCUCUAAAUGUAAGCCCUCAGCCCAGGACCAAGGGCCGACAGUCUGCACCCCACCCGACCCUGGUGACACCCUGGAUGUCACUCUCAUCAUGUCACUGGGCCACCACGAGAGCCCAGGGAGCUCCGUGAACACUGCUGGCUGCCCCCAGAGGACAGGUCUGCACCCCUACACCCUGGGGGAACGUGGCAGGCUUGCUCUGGGGAACAGGUGGGCCCGAGCCCGAGAGGGGAGCAGAGCGGGCCCUGGGCCCAGCGUCAGGAGAGAGAAGACAACUGCUGUCCCCGGCAGAGGGGCUCCUGUAGGCUCCCAGGAGCCAGACCCUCCAGGGUACAAGAAGGCGCUGGCCCACCCUGACCCAGGACCAGCAGGGUACAGAAGCCCUUCAAGGAACGCUAUGGGCCUCGGCUGA